AUGAAGCUCGCCUUGGUUCUCGCCAUCGCCGCUGCCACACGUUCAGUCACUGCAGGAACUAUCAAGACUCCUUCGCCAUCCACACGCGUCUUCAACAGCAAUGUCAGUGGCACAUCCCCAGCUUUGAUCAAUCGCAAAUCGAACAAAGAUCGCCCUACGGUCGCUUUCUGGGAUGAUGAUCACGCUACAGAGGUGGAUUGGAAGAAGAGCGCAGCCAAAGGGGGGGCCCUAAUGUGCGCUCUCGAGGGCUCCGACCAGGUUGCAGGUCGUCAAAUUAGAGACACUCGCGAACCCCCGUCUGCCGCGAGUCGGUACAACAGCGAUCUCAAGACUGAGCUUCAUGACUGGUACUGGCGAGAAACUAACCCAUCGACGUUCAGCUGCAGUUUUUCUGAGCACUGGCACCUUGCGCACGCGAUGCGGUCACUCGGACUGGACGGAAAACCAGCGUCAGAAGGCGGAGACAAUCAGUGCUACAGGAUCGAACAUUGGAAUCCAGAGAAAAGGAACGACAAGGGCAACCAGAUUCCGGCCAUCAACCAGUUGUACAGCGUCCCAGGUCACGACAAGCAGUACCGCGCAACGAAGGCACACUUCGAGUUUGGCAUCAAUACCAAAGGCGGCGCCAUCUAUGGUCUUUUCCUUGAAAGUGCUUUAGCCUCUGCUAAGAGCAUUUGGGGCGGUGGUACAAAAGAGCCGAACCGAGACGAUCUUCCCCAGCUCCGUGCCUUUUCAGACAUUAUGUGGGCGUUCUGGGUUCGCAAUAACCCAAACGUCAGGAACAUUCGCUACUUCUUCAUGAUAGGCAUCUCCAACGACUUGACCAACCAGAUCAUCGCUUCUUGUCUACGUGAUGCUGGUGCCGAGCUGAGCGAGUGGCCUGGAACUAGCUUCUCUACUACUACAGACCAAGGUCAUGCGCUUCUCGGCUCCCCUAACGGUGCUACCUUUGCAUAUUUCCUCAUGCAGCACAAAGCGCAGCUCGGCCAGAAGACUAUCACCAAGAUUACCGUUUUCAGACCAGAAACUGAUGACGACCUCAGCUUCGUCGACGCUUCUCUUUGCUUCCAUGUGGCAGAUGGUCCACAGCCACCGCCUGACGAUGCUGCUAUGGCAGCUACCGAUGAAAUGGGCGCUCGAAUUGUGCAGAGGACAAGUUUGAGAGAUUCGAGAGAUAUGAAAGGAACAUCAGUAAUCAGUAUGAUCAGGGAUCUCGCCUCUGCAACAUCGACACCUCGUCUCUUCAGUCUUGUUCUCAACACCAUUGCCAUGGAGCUCACCGGAUUCCUCGCUGCCCUGGCAGUCUUCCUGCCUAUCGUCUACGGCGCCCCUACCACGGCCGCCAACAGCCUUCACCCCGAGAUCCUCGCCGCCAUGAAGCGUGACUUGGGACUCGACGCUGAGCAGGCCCAUGUUCGUGUUGCUCGCGAGCUCAAGGCCACCGAGGUCAUCGAGCAGCUCCGUACCAAGGCUGGCAGCUCCUUCGGUGGUGCCUGGCUCGUCGAUGGCGAGCUCAAGGUCGCUGUCACUGACGAGGCCUUGACAUCCGAUGUUACCACUGCUGGUGCCACUGCUUUGGUCGUUGACACUCCUCUCUCCAAGCUUCAGGACGCCCAGAAGGCACUUGACAACCUCGACAUUGAGUCGGCCCUUGGCAAGCGCUCAGAGGCUGCUACCGGAAUUGCGUCAUACUAUGUCGACAUUGCCGCCAACAAGCUUAUCCUCGAGGCCCUUGCCGACAGCACUGCUCAGGCUGAGGAGCUGGCCAAGCAGGUCGGUCUUACUGAGUCCGAGUUCGAGGUCAAGACCGUUGAGGCUCUGCCAACCACCUUUGUCACGGUCAACGGUGGUGAUGCCUACUACAUCAACCGAGCUGGACGAUGCUCUGUCGGCUUCUCUGUCACUGGCGGUUUCGUUUCUGCUGGUCACUGCGGUAGUGUUGGCAAUACCGCCACUACCUCAUCCGGUACCACUAUUGGAACAUUCGCUGGAUCCGUCUUCCCAGGAAGCGGAGACUACUCUUACAUCCGUGGUACCACUGGAAACACCUACGCUGGUAGGGUCAACAACUACAAUGGUGGCACAAUCGCCAUCUCAGGCAGCACCGCUGGCGCUACUGGAUCCAGUGUCUGCCGCUCCGGCUCCACCACUGGUGUCUACUGCGGUACCGUUCGCGCUCUGGGAGCCACUGUCUCCUACGCUGAGGGCCGUGUUACUGGCCUCACCCAGACCAAUGUCUGCGCCGAGCCCGGUGACUCCGGCGGUUCUUGGUACUCUGGUUCUCAAGCCCAGGGUGUCACCUCCGGAGGCUCUGGCAACUGCAACACCGGUGGCACAACCUACUUCCAGCCCGUCAACGAGAUCUUGUCGGCUUACGGACUCACCUUGGCCCGUGGUUAG